GGAAAAACACUGAUCUACGCGAUAACUGGCUCUUGUGCGACUUGACAAUAUGACUACCUAUGCUAAAGACGGCGUCAUCGACUAUCCUAUUGCUGACGGAAUGUCCCUUGCGGGUGUAUGGAACUACGUCGCCAAUGCGAACGGCCCCAGCAUCACUGCUAAGCAGGGAUAUUUCUCGAUAAGUCGGGGCGCAGUAGGCGCAAACAACCAGUGGACCAACUUCAGUAUUGGUCAUUCGGUGUCCAUCGCAGGCGGCUGCGCCAUCCAAUUUGAGGUCAAGUACGACCAGAUCUCCCCAGCGACUGAGGUGAAGCUCACCUUGGCCAGCGGUGUCAUCCUUCGUUACGAUGGGUCCAACUUUAAUUACUGCUGGUGGAAUCAAAAUGGCUUCCACCAAAUUGGACGCUCUACAAUCCGCAUAGCCGAUGGAGCCUAUCACCAGGUCACUCUCUGUCUCUGGCCCGCUGGCAUUGCUAUCUUCGAAGAUGGUAAUUUCAUUGGCAAGUGGGACACGAGUGUUUCCGCAAGCGUUGCUCCACACUUCGACUGGCAGAUCCUAUCCAGCGGCUCGAGCCUGAGUGCUCAGCUCCGCAGCAUCCUUGUCAUUCCUUCGACGUUCGCCCCCGGAGUAGGGACCCCUUGGGACGUUGCAUUCUCCGACUCUUUCAUCCCUCCCGCCGAUAUAUGGCAGAUUUCGAAGCAAAAGGGUGAUCCGAUUCCUAUCUCCUUCUCCGCCGAUGGUUUCAUGCGCGCGGAGACGCGAAGCCUCAAUAAAUGGAACUCGUGGGUCUUUCCUCAGGUUACUGUUCCGAUGACGGCGUUCGGCCUCGUCAUGUAUCGCUUCCGCGUCAAUACAUCUAACGGGAGUGAGACGAAGAUAACGCUCAUGGG